UAAACUAAUUGCCGCCGACGUCGGAGCACCUCACUAACAAACGAGCGUUCGAGUCGAACGGACACGCGGCCACGGGAGCUUUCGCAGCAACGGACACUGUUGCCACACAUUGUUGAUUGUGAACGUGCGUCUGUGGGAAAAGGUGCAAAUCCCCAGCCUAUCGAGAUGUAAAGAUCGAUCUCGUUCUCUAGCAAUAGUUUAUGAGGAAGAGAUCGAACUACUAAACAGUGCUAAUCAAAAAAUUGUGUCUAGGAAGUGACUCGCAUUUGCACACAAAGAUCCUCAAAGCGUGAAGCUUCGAAUUACUUUUACGUGUGCGUAAAUCUGUGAUACGAUCAAGUGCCUCCGUUUCUGUGUCUAAACGCCGUCCUUCGAUCGACGCUACUGUAGAGUCCUUGACAAGUGUUUGUGUGUUGUUUCGCUACGCUUCAGCGACAAAGCCGUGUGCCGAAUUAGUAGUGCCUGUAAACCGCACAACAACACAAAUGCACACUCUGCACGAUAGUUAAUUCAACUCACCGUUCAUUUUUAAUAAACAGAAUAAAAAAAUCGCAUAGCAAAACCACACGUCACACGCCAGUUGCGCCUUCCCUUUUCUGCCUGCUUAGUUGUGCGAAUGGUGGCUGCAAAAUUUAAAUAGUGACUGUGACUAAAUAACGAUCCACACACCGUUGUAGUGUGGUGAAUUUCCAUUUUCCACUGCUUGCGUGUGUCCGUGUAUAAUACCUCCGGCAUACAAUGUCCGGUACGGACAAUCCUGGCUUUGUGACGUCGGAUGAUGGCGGGCUUCCUGCACAGAUUGGUGCAAAACCAACAUCACCAUCAGCACAGCUGGAAAAGCUCGAAAAACCACCGGCCGCCGAGCGUGAAAAGUGGGACAAGGGUGUCGAGUUCCUGAUGUCCUGCAUAGCGCUCUCCGUCGGGCUGGGCAAUGUGUGGAAGUUUCCGUCCACCGCGUUCCGCAAUGGUGGCGGUGCGUUCGUUAUCCCGUACCUGAUUGUGCUGCUGGUCGUUGGACGGCCCAUCUACUACCUGGAGAUGAUGAUGGGUCAGUUUUCGAGCCGGGGCAGCGUCAAGGUGUACGAUGUGUCGCCGAUCAUGCGAGGUAUCGGUAUCGCGCAGAUGGUUUCGAUUUGCGUAGUGAUCGUGUACUACGCGGCGACGAUCGCGACGGCAAUCCGCUUCUUUGUCGCAUCGUUCGGCAGCCCGCUCCCGUGGGCCAGUUGUGACGUCAGCUGGACCGGUGGUUUCAACUGUGUCAACUCCUCCAACACUGGGCCGACGCCGGCUUUCAACAACUCACUGCCGGUGAAGACGUCGGCCGAGCUGUACUACACACACUCAGUCACCGGCGAAGGACUGCUGACUGCGGGUGAGUUCGGUGUGCCGGACUGGAAGCUGACGCUCUGCCUGCUCUUCAUCUGGGUGGCGAUGACCAUCAUGAUGGUGAAGGGUAUCCGCGGAUCCGGCAAGGUCGCUUACUUCCUGGCCCUCUUCCCGUACGUCGUGCUGAUCUCGUUCGCAAUCUACGCCUUCACGCUGGAGGGCGCCGGUCAGGGCUUGAAGUACUUCAUCACCCCCGACUGGGAUCAGCUGCUGAAUGCGGACGUCUGGAAAGAGGCCGUCUCGCAGUGUUUCUUCUCGCUGUCGAUCUGUUUCGGCGGUGUCAUUGCCUUCUCCUCUUACAACAACUUCAGCAACAAUAUCUACCGGGAUGCGAUGAUCAUCUCGUGGCUGGAUACGUUCACCUCCCUACUCUCCGGGGCGCUCGUGUUCUCCAUCAUUGGCCAUCUGGGACAUCUGACAAACGAAACCGACUACACCAAGGUGGUAAAGCCGGGCAGUGGCCUAACGUUUAUCACCUAUCCCGAUGCGCUGGCCAAGUUUGAGCACGUGCCGAACCUGUUCGCGUUGCUGUUCUUCUUCAUGCUGCUAACGCUCGGCGUCGGUAGCUGUACCGGACUUAUCAACAGUGUGCUGACAGCGCUCCAUGACAGUACGCCGAGACUGAAAUCCUGGAAAACGGUCGUCACCAUCGGAGUGCUAGGAUUUGCGCUCGGACUGCUGUUCGUAACGCCGUCCGGUUCGAAGAUGCUCGACUACUUUGAUUACUACGGCGUGCAGUUUGUGACGCUCACGUCUGCGAUCUUUGAACUGUUUGCGUUCUGCUGGCUGUAUGGCAUCAGGAAGCUUACGCGUGACAUCCAAUUUAUGUUAAAGCGUCGCACCGGUUUUCUGUGGCGCUUCUGCUGGAAGUUGCUAACACCGGCGAUGCUGAUCGUGGUGCUGAUUAUUGGACUGGUGAAGAGCCAAAGACCGCAGGGCAUUGACGAUGUGUAUCAUGUCUUAGGUUGGUGCAUCUACGUUGGAGCUUUGGUGCCAAUUCCGGUGUGGGCUUGGUUUGCCAUCCGUAAACGCAACGAAUCGUCCCUCAAGAAGCGCAUCGUGGCCGCAAGUAAACCCCUCUCCGACUGGGGUCCAGAGAGUUUGGAAGUGCGCAAACAGUACCUCGAAUUCUGCAGCAACUAUCAACCGAUGGACUCACGCUGGACCAGGUUGCGGCGGGUACUGCACCGGAACGACAAGACGUAUCGCGUCUCGGUUUAAGCGGAAGGCCGACGGGGCAAACAGUUUUCUCUCUUUUCUUAACAACGCGUGUGCGUGCGCUCCAAUGCGUCAGUAUUACCUGGAACCAAGCCUGGAACAGUGCCGGAAGAGAGCCGACGAGAGUUCCGACACCCGUUUCCCAUUUGCCCACCGAAACCGCACGACUGCGGUCUACUACAGUUCCCUUCUAAUCUAAGCCACAACACAACGAUCACCCCUCCAACAGACUUACUAGAGACACUAGCCAAUGCACGUUGAAGGCACGGAAGGGAUUGCAAAUCCAACCGAUGACGUUCACGUUUCAUUGUUUCGCGCGCAGAUAAUUGCUCCCCAGGUGCGCGGAAUCGGAACGUCAGUGAGCACCGCAAUGUAACCUUCCACGAGGGUUUGGGAGGUAGCAUUGGCGAGAAUCGAGAUGUUCUUUAAAAGAAAAGCUCAGCGUGAUAGGAAGCGCACGAAUGCGAAAGGAAAAGUUGACUCCCCACGGGUGUUAGCAGAUCCCGCAGUGAUAGUAGAUUGUGAAUUGUAAAUGUGUCUUUCUAAAUGACCUUUUUUAUUGUGCCACUGGACAAAGUAGUGAGAGAGACAGAGAAAGUGAGAGAGAUAGAAUGGGGGAGAAUUCGAAAGUAGACUACUGCCUAGGUUUUAGUACGAUGACAACAGUAGAUAUAAAUUAUGAUUAGUAUUGUAACACUAAUAGAGUAGGUUUUUAUGACCCUCAUUGAAUAACUUUUAAAAAUAAAACAAUUGAAUAUCUUCAAAUUCUUCAAA